AUGACCAAUACGGGUUCGAAGCCUUGUUUGAAGCUGGGCAUUGGGACGUACCUACCGUAUAUGGUUGUCACCGGCCCAGACGAUAACCCUACUGUGAGAGGCAGCCAGCCGGCGGUUCUGGACAUUAUUUUCAACUACCUCGGAUACUGCUACGAGUAUGUCGUGGAGCCAUCUCGUGCGGGAGGUAUCCGACUGCCCAAUGGCACAUGGACCGGGGUGAUUGGCCUGCUCUUACGGGGGGGAAUCGACAUGACCGGCGUCGGGAUGGCCCUCACCCAUGACCGAUAUCAGGACCUUGAUGCAACCGAUUUCUUGUACAUCGACGGGUGGUCAGCGGGCUUCCAGAGGCCGGUCCUGCAGUCGGAUAUCAGCGGCUUCGUCAAACCCUUCUCGGAAUAUUUAAAGUUGUCCGCGGUUUUCCAGGUCUGGCUACUAAUCGCAGCAGCAAUAGUGGGCGUGUUGGUGACCACUUGGUUCGUCCACAUGUCACGCGAAACUAUUGUGACACCAAGAACCCCGAGAGCAGGAGGGUCGGCGUCUCCUUCGGGCCCCGAGCGCCACGGGACACGGAACGUCACGGAGGAAUCUGUGCUGUGGACCAUCGCUGUGUUCUUGGCUCAGUCCGUCACCAAGUUGCCUCGUGGGAACUCAGUGCGGGUCAUGACGGGGGUCUGGCUCCUGGUCUCGCUCAUCCUCAUCACCGUCUACCGCUCCAACCUCAAGGCCAUGCUCAUCCUGCCGAAGGUCGUCCUCCCCUUCGACAGCCCCGAGGAACUGGCGGAGACGAGGAUCCCCACCUGGAUACCGAGAGGCUCUGCGAUGCACACUGCUGGCUUGAAAUCCCCACCGGAGUCAGCCUUGGCCAAGAUUCUCGAACACUCCAACAGCCUGGACGUGCCCACAGACGUAUCUUGGGGCAUAAACGACAUGAUCUCAGGAAAGCAUGCCAUGACCUCUCCUCGAGCGUCUCUUACGUACAUAAUGCAUACAACGUUUUCGAAGAAAAGGUUUGUGACCACAAGCCAGUGGGUGGAGACCGGCCAGUGUCUGCUGUACACCAUGUCUGAAGACCUCGUUGGGAUGGUUCAGGUCUCCAUUCUACUCCGGAAGGGUUCGCCACUCAAAGCAGAGUUGGAUCCUGUAAUUCGGCGCCUCCGCGAGUUCGGGAUCCUGGACCACGAGUACAAGAAGCAAGUCGCCAACGCCACCGAGUGCCUCAAGCCCAUCGGCUCACGGGGCGCCAGGCAGCUCCGGCCCCUCGACCUCGGCGACUUCUACGGCGUCUUCAUGCUGUACGCCGGAGGAGCGCUGAUGGCAUUAGCUUCCUUCCUGAUGGAACUCGUGUUACACAAUGCUAAGCACUCCGUGGAACUCGACAGCGACUUCAAGUGUGAGACUGCUGAAGACUCUACACCGUCAAGGAUGAAAUUACCGAACAAUCGUACUCAUGGUCUGGAUGAAAUUACCGAACAAUCGUAG